AUGCUGAGGACGCUUGCGACGAAUACAGUAAUAGUAAACGAGAAUGACAAGGGAGCCCAGGCCCAAAACGGCUUGGGGCGGGCUGUCUUGGUGCGUCGGGGAAGUGUGGGAAGGGAAGCGGGCACGGCGGGGCGGGAGGAUGCUAGCGAUUUGAAGACUCGAGCCAAGCAUCGACCCGUGGGCCUUGUCUUCUGCCCCCAAGGGCCCAAGACUGUUACACAGACCAUCACCACGCCUGAGCAGGUUGCGACGUCGGCCAAGUCUAGUCUGGGCCUCUACUGGGCUAGGGCGACGACGGCGCGAUACUGCGUGAUGGUCUGGGGGGUUUGCUAG